AAGAAAGAAAGAAAGCAGGCGAGGCGGGAUGGAGGGAGACACAGAGAGGUAAAACGGACAGAACAUGUGAGGAAUAAAAGACGGGAGGAUUUUCCGGACCGGAGGGCUUUUUUUAUUCCCGUCUUUUCUUUUUCUCGGUGGAUUGUAUUGAACCGGAUUCCAAUAUGAACCCUGCAGAAGCGGCCGAGGAGGCGCCCAGCGACCCCGACACUGAUGCCUUCUACAAAACAGGGUCACUGAGGACUGAAGGCAUCAAGGCGUCUGAUGUUCUUCCUGUGCUGAAGGAGAAAGUUGCCUUCGUCUCUGGUGGGCGGGAUAAAAGAGGUGGACCCAUCCUGACAUUUCCUGCGAGGAGUAACCACGACCGAAUAAAACAAGAAGACCUGAGGAGGCUCGUCACCUACCUGUCUACUGUUCCCAGCGAGGAUGUAUGUAAACGUGGUUUUACUGUCAUCAUCGACAUGCGUGGAUCUAAGUGGGAGCUGAUCAAGCCUCUGCUGAAGACCCUGCAGGAGUUUUUCCCCGCUGAGAUCUGCGUGGCGCUCAUCAUCAAACCGGACAACUUCUGGCAGAAGCAGAAGACGAACUUUGGCAGCGCGAAAUUCUCCUUUGAGACCAGCAUGGUGUCAGUUGAAGGUCUGUCCAAACUGGUGGAUCCCUCCCAGCUGACGGACGACUUUGAAGGCUCUCUGGACUACAACCAUGAAGAGUGGAUGGAGCUUAGAGUGUCCCUGGAGGAGUUCAUGUCCAAUGCUGUUCACCUGCUGUCCAGACUGGAGGACCUGCAGGAGCUUCAAUCCAAGAAGGAGUUUCCUGCAGAUGUGGAGGGAUCUCGUCGGCUGAUCGAUGAGCACACACAGCUGAAGAAAAAGGUGCUAAAGGCUCCAGUGGAGGAGUUGGACCGGGAAGGCCAGAGGUUACUGCAGUGUAUUCGAUCUAGUGAUGGUUUUUCUGGGAGAAACUGCAUCUCAGGCUCUGCUGACUUCCAGAGCUUGGUGCCCAAGGUGGCCAGUCUGCUGGAUAAGCUCCACUCCACAAGGCAGAACCUCCAUCAGAUGUGGCACGUCAGGAAGCUGAAGCUUGACCAGUGUUUCCAACUGCGUCUGUUUGAGCAGGAUGCAGAGAAGAUGUUUGACUGGAUCAGCCACAACAAGGAAGUGUUCCUGCAGAGUCACACAGAGAUUGGCCGAGCAUACCAACACGCUGUGGAGCUGCAGACUCAACACAACCACUUCGCCAUGAACUCCAUGAAUGCCUAUGUAAAUAUCAACAGAAUCAUGUCGGUGGCGAGUCGCCUGGCAGAGGCAGGUCACUACGCCUCCACACAGAUAAAACAGAUCUCGACUCAGCUGGAUCUGGACUGGAAAAGUUUUGCUGCAGCACUUGACGAGCGCUCCACCAUCCUCGCCAUGUCGUCCGUCUUUCACCAGAAGGCUGAACAGUUUCUGUCAGAGGUUGAGGCCUGGUGUAAGGUCUGCAGUGAGGGAGGGCUGCCCUCUGAGAUGCAGGAGCUGGAAAUCGCCAUCCACCGCCACCAGAGCCUGUACGAGCAGGUCACCCAGGCUUACACUGAGGUGAGUCAGGAUGGUAAAGCCCUGUUGGACGUCCUCCAGAGACCUCUGAGUCCCGGCAACUCUGAAUCCCUGACAGCCACCGCCAAUUACUCCAAGGCGGUGCACUGCAUCCUGGAUGUAGUUCAUGAAGUUCUUCACCAUCAGCGCCGCCUCGAGAAUAUUUGGCAGCAUCGAAAGGUCCGACUGCACCAGAGACUGCAGCUGUGUGUGUUCCAGCAAGAUGUACAGCAGGUGAUGGACUGGAUAGAGAACCACGGCGAGGCCUUCCUCAGCAAACACACUGGUGUCGGGAAAUCCCUUCACAGAGCCCGAGCCCUGCAGAAGAGACAUGACGACUUUGAAGACGUAGCUCAGAACACGUACACUAAUGCAGACAAGCUGCUGGAGGCGGCGGAACAACUGGCUCAGACAGGAGAAUGUGACCCAGAGGAAAUCUAUAAGGCAGCCCGGCACCUGGAAGUCCGAAUCCAGGACUUCGUCCGCCGAGUCGAACACAGGAAGCUGCUGCUCGACAUGUCCGUCUCCUUUCACACACACACCAAGGAGCUGUGGUCGUGGAUGGAGGAGCUACAGAAGCAGCUGCUGGACGAGGUGUGCUGCGACUCGGUGGACUCAGUUCAGACUCUGAUCCAGCAGUUUCAGCAGCAGCAGACCGCCACACUGGAGGCAACGCUCAAUGUGAUUAAAGAGGGAGAGGAAUUAAUACAGCAGCUCAGAGAUGCUGCCAUGUCGACCAAUAAGACGCCACACUGCAGUUCUAUCGCACACAUCCAGGGGGUGCUGCAGCAGCUGGACGAGGCCCAGGGCCAGAUGGAGGAGCUGUUCCACGAACGCAAAAUCAAGCUGGACAUCUUCCUCCAGCUACGCAUAUUCGAGCAGUACACUAUAGAGGUCACAGCGGAGCUGGACGCCUGGAACGAGGAUCUAUCGCGUCAGCUGAACGAUGCCAGCCGAUCAGGCGCUAGCAGCGGCAGCAGCAGCGGGGGAGGCGGCGCCUCCUCUUCCAGUGGCGCGGAGGACAUCGGCCUGGCAGAGCAGCGGCUGAAACGACACGCUGAGAGGAAAGCGGCCAUGAACAACAUGACCUAUGAAGUGAUGCAGCAGGGUCAAGACCUGCACCAGUACAUCAUGGAAGUCCAGGCUUCAGGGAUUGAGCUGACAGGGGAGAAGGACAUGGACUUGGCCUCUCAGGUCCAGGAGCUGCUGGAGUUCCUCCAUGAGAAGCAGCAGGAGGUGGAGCUAAACGCACAGCACACACACACGCGGCUGGAGCAAAUCCUGCAGCUGCGCCACCUACAGGCCGAGGUCAAACAGGUGUUGGGUUGGAUUCGUAAUGGCGAGUCCAUGUUGAACGCCAGCAUGGUGAACGCCAGCUCUCUGUCUGAGGCCGAGCAGCUGCAGAGGGAGCAUGAGCAGUUCCAGAUGGCUAUAGAGUCUCUCUUCCAUGCUAACUCUCUCCAGAAGACACAUCAGAGCGCUCUGCAAGUCCAGCAGAAAGCUGAGAUGAUGCUGCAGGCCGGUCACUAUGAUCCCGAGGCAAUCAGAGGCUGUGCUGAGAAGGUGGCCGUUCACUGGCAGCAGCUGAUGCUGAAGAUGGAGGACCGCCUGAAGCUCGUCAAUGCCUCUGUGGCGUUUUACAAGACGUCAGAACAGGUGUGCAGCGUGUUGGAGAGCCUGGAGCAGGAGUAUCGUCGGGAUGAGGACUGGUGUGGCAGCCACGAUAAACUGGGAAUGUCGGGCGACUGUGAACACCUUAUACCUCUGAUCAGUAAACACCUGGAGCAGAAAGAAGCUUUCCUCAAGGCUUGCACUCUGGCCCGGAGGAACGCUGAGGUGUUUCUAAAGUACAUCCACAGAAACAAUGUGAGCAUGCCCGGAGCCGCCGGCCACACCAGAGGACCCGAACAACAAGUGAAAGCCAUUCUGAAUGAGCUGCUGCAGAGAGAGAACAGAGUCCUUCACUUCUGGACGCUAAAGAAACGAAGGCUGGACCAGUGUCAGCAGUACUUGGUGUUCGAACGCAGCGCCAAACAGGCACUGGAUUGGAUCCAAGAGACAGGUGAAGUUUACCUGGCCAAACACACGUCACCUGGUGACAGCAGCGAGGAAACACAGCAGCUCCUCAACGACUACCAUCACUUCAGACUUUCUGCCAAGCAAACCAAGGAGAAGGUGAAGCUGCUGAUCCAGUUGGCGGACAACCUGGUGGAGAAAGGCCAUGCCCACGUGUCGGAGCUGAAGCGCUGGGUCAGCACGGUGGACCGCAGAUACCGUGACUUCUCCCUGCGCAUGGGCAAAUACCAGGAGAGCCUGGAGAGGAGCCUGGGGGUCAGCUCGGAGGACAAUAAAGAUCUGGAGUUGGACAUCAUCCCUGCCAGCCUGACGGACGACCCUGAGGUCAAACUGCGUGACCCCAACCACGAGGUCAAUGAGGAAAAGAGGAAGUCGGCCAGGAAGAAAGAGUUCAUCAUGGCUGAGCUGCUGCAGACAGAGAAGACCUAUGUCAGAGACCUCCACGAGUGUCUAGAGAACUACCUGUGGGAGAUGACCAACGGUGUGGAAGAGAUUCCUCCAGGCAUCGCCAACAAGGAGCACAUCAUCUUCGGCAACAUGCAGGAUAUCUGCGACUUCCACAACAAUAUUUUCCUGAAGGAGCUGGUGAACUAUGAGCAGCUGCCAGAGGAUGUUGGUCACUGCUUCGUCACCUGGGCUGAUAAGUUUCACAUUUAUGUGGAUUACUGUAAAAACAAACCAGACUCCAGUCAGCUCAUUCUGGAGCAUGCCGGCACCUUCUUCGAUGAUAUUCAGCAGAGACGUGGACUGGCUAACUCCAUCUCCUCCUACCUCAUCAAACCUGUCCAGAGGAUCACCAAGUACCAACUACUGCUGAAGGAGUUACUGUCAUGUUGUGAGGAGGGUAAAGGGGAGAUUAAAGAUGGUUUGGAGGUGAUGCUCAGUGUUCCUAAGAGAGCCAAUGAUGCCAUGCAUCUCGCCAUGUUGGAGGGCUUUGAGGAGAACCUGGAGGUGCAGGGUGAGCUGAUCCUGCAGGACAGUUUCCAGGUUUGGGAUCCACGCUCACUGAUCAGGAAGGGGCGGGACAGACACCUCUUCCUGUUCGAGUUCUCCCUGGUCUUCAGCAAGGAGAUCAAAGACUCAGCUGGCAGAACCAAGUACCAGUACAAGAACAAACUACUGACGUCAGAGUUGGGGGUGACGGAGCACAUUGAGGGCGACCCAUGUAAAUUUGCUCUUUGGGCAGGAAGAACCCCCUCCUCUGAUAAUAAAACGGUGCUAAAGGUGUCCAAUAUGGAAGCUAAACAGGAGUGGAUUAAAAACAUCAGGGAGGUGAUCCAGGAGAGGAUGACUCACCUGAAGGGGGCGCUCAAGGAGCCUCUUCAUCUGCCCAAAACACCAGCGCUGACCAAACCCAGGAAUAACACUAAGAGGGAGGGAGGUGAAGAUGGAGACAGUCAGGGAGACGGCAGCAGCCAACCAGAUACCAUCUCCAUCGCAUCCAGGACGUCCCAGAACACUGUAGACAGCGACAAGCUCUCUGGUGGUUGUGAGUUGACAGUCGUCCUUCACGACUUCACAGCAGGAUGCAGCACGGAGAUGUCCGUCAGCACUGGCCAGACGGUGGAGCUGCUGGAGCGGCCGAGCGAGCGGCCCGGUUGGUGUCUGGUGCGAACCACCGAACGCAGCCCGCCGCAGGAGGGCCUGGUCCCCAGCUCCACGCUCUGCGUGUCCCACUCACGCUCCAGCGUGGAGAUGGACUGCUUCUUUGGCUCGGGGAAAGAAAACUAUCCAGUGGGCAGCUCUGAUGGAAAGACAGAGUCUGUGGCGAACCUCCAGCCGCAGCCUUCCCUCAGCUCGCUGCAGUCCAGCUCUCCUGGUCCCAAACGCUCUGGGAACACUCUGAGGAAAUGGCUGACCAGUCCGGUGCGCCGCCUCAGCCACGGCAGCUCCGUCAAGAAGCCCCCCAACAACAAGCAGAAGAAGACUGGACCAGGCUCAGGAAGAGAGGAGAGCAGGAAGAGUAUUGACCUCGGACAACCUGACCAUGCCCUGCAGGAUGACAUCAUCGAUGAGGGAUUCAUCAGUAAGGAAGGUAACAUCCUGUCUAAGACCUCGUCUGGGAUGCAGAGCGGCGGGGAGGAGGAGCAGGACGAGGAGGCCCACACCCCUCUGCCUCCCCCCAUGGAGAUCAUCAAGGACCCCUCGGCUCAGGACGACAAGUCUUCAUCCUUGCUAACGUCUCUGCAAUCGUCCUCUGAGGUGCCCAGCGCUGCAGAGCUGGUUAGCGCCAUAGAAAAACUGGUUAAAACCAAGAUGACUCUGGAACCAGGAGCGUACCCGGGCUUCUCCCCUCUCUCUCCUCCAGAGCAAACCACUCCAGUCCAGCCACGAAACCCUGAACUGGAGCAGCGAGCCAAAGCUAUGAGAGGACGGAUGUUUGUCCUGAACGAGCUAAUUCAGACAGAGAAGGACUACGUCAAAGAUCUGGGCAUCGUGGUGGAGGGCUUUAUGAAGAAGGUCGAGGAGAAGGGCGUCCCUGAUGACAUGAAAGGAAAAGACAAAAUAGUCUUCGGGAACAUCCAUCAGAUCUACGACUGGCACAGAGACUUCUUCGUAGGAGAGUUGGAGAAAUGUCUAGAAGACCAUGAACACCUUCCUGAGCUCUUCAUCAAACAUGAGAGAAGACUCCACAUGUAUGUGGUUUAUUGUCAGAAUAAGCCGAAGUCAGAGUUCAUCGUAGCAGAAUAUGACACAUUCUUUGAUGGAAUCCAGCAGGACACCCAGUCUAGGUUGACCAUCAGUGACUUCCUGAUCAAACCCAUCCAGAGAAUCACCAAAUACCAGCUGCUACUGAAGGACUUCUUGAAGUACAGCUCUAAAGCAGGCAUGGACUGUGAACAAAUUGAGAAAGCGGUAGAUUUGAUGUCUCAGGUCCCUAAACUGUGUAACGACAUGAUGAAUUUGGGACGACUGCAGGGAUACGAGGGUAAACUGACGUGUCAGGGCAAACUGCUGCAGCAGGAAACCUUCUUUGUAACGGAACAGGACGCCGGCGUCCUGUCGCGCUCCAAAGAACGGCGAGUUUUCCUCUUCGAGCAGAUCGUCAUCUUCAGUGAGCUGCUCAGGAAAGGAUCGUCCACGCCAGGAUACCAGUUCAAGAAGAGCAUCAAGGUAUCCUACCUGGGUCUGGAGGACAGUGCGGAUAACGAUCCCUGUAAAUUUGUCUUGUCGUGUCGUGGCUCGUCGGAGCGUUUCACCCUGCAGGCCGCCAACGUCGACAUCAAGCAGGUCUGGGUCCGACACAUACAGGACGUCCUGGAUGCUCAGAGCAACUUCCUGUCUGCUCUGCAGUCUCCCAUCGAGUACCAGAAGGAGAUGGGCGGAGCGGGUUCCGGCUCCUCGCUGACCAGGAACCGCUCGUCCUCGGGGAACCGGCCCACCAUGUCGCCUCACAGCCGUCCAUCCUCAGCGGUCGGGCUCGGGGACAAGGAGACGGAGAGAGGGAGGACGAAGAUGAAAGUGUCCACCUCAAACGGCGGUUCGACAUGUUUCGAUUCCAGGGACCCUGACGGCGGUUGUAACGGCGUCUCCUCCACCAUGCUGGUCUCUCAGGACUACUCGGCGCUCAAGGAGAACGAGGUCUGUGUCAGCCAGGGGGAGACGGUCCAGAUCUUGGCCACCAAUCAGCAGAACAUGUACCUUGUUUACCGGCCAGCCAACAGCCAGUCUCCGGCGGCAGAGGGCUGGGUGCCGGGACACAUCCUGGGCCCACUCACAAAGCCCAUAAAAGACUCUUCUUCUACUUCGUCCUUCUCGGCGGUGGUAGCCGAUGCCAACAACAUCAAGAAGUCUCUGUCGUGGAACACGCUGCGCGCCAGGAAGCGCGCCGAAGCCAAGGAUGCCUCCUUUGUGGGGGUCAGAGGUCAGGAGAACGGUCUCCUCCGUAAGCCCAAAGAAACCACGCCCCCUCCCACGCUCGCCUCCCCCGCCACCAGGGCGAAGGGCAAAGACGUUCACACUUCAGAUGAGUCUGACUGUGAUGAUGACCUUGACCCAAAAACAGGAAUGGAGCUUCUGAACCCAAACUUCAUCCAGGAAGUGGCUCCAGAGUUCCUCGUCCCUCUGUCAGAUGUGGUGUGUGCGUUCGGAGAGACCGUGGUCCUCUGCUGUAAAGUCUGUGGGCGACCCAAACCCUCCGUCACCCUGAAGGGCCCCGACCAGAACCCAGUGACCAGCAACAACCGCUUCACCAUCGAAUUCAGGGAUACAGGUGACAUCCUAUUGAAGAUUUGUAAUCUGAUGCCUCAGGACACAGGGAUCUACACCUGCGUUGCAGUUAACGACCAUGGCUCGGCCUCGUCCUCCGCCUCUAUUAAAGUUCAAGGUAUCCCAGCAGCCCCGGGGAGGCCGGUGGCCCAGGAGGCCAGCAGCACGGCCGUGAUGAUCCACUGGCCCCCUCCAGCUUCAUCCGCUCACUGUGCUGUCAGCAGCUACACUGUGGAGUACAGACAGGAAGACUCAUUGCUGUGGCAGCAGGUGGCGAGCAGCAGAGAGGAGUGUGUUCAGAUCGACACUCUGAUCCCCGGAGGUCACUAUCAGUUCAGAGUGCGAGCCUCAAACCGCUGGGGCAUCGGCCCGCCGUCUGAGCCCUCAAACAUGGUCACACUGCCCAGCAGCAACUCAGGGUACGAUGGGACAGGGAUCAACUGGAAAGAAAACUUUGAGUCAACCUUCUCUGAGAUCUGUGAGAUUGGAAGGGGACGAUUUUCAGUGGUGAGAAAAUGUCUCAACAAGUCUACAAAGAAAGAGGUUGCCGUUAAGUUUGUGAGUAAGAAGAUGCAGAAGAAGGAGCAGGUGGCUCACGAGGCGGACGUCCUCCAACACGUGCAGCAUCACCAGCUGGUGGCACUGUUGGACACAUACGAGUCUCCGACCUCUCUGAUGCUCAUCCUGGAGCUGCUGGAGGACGGCCGGUUGCUUGAUUACCUCGUCGCUCACGAUGAGCUGAUGGAGGAGAAGGUGGCGUUCUUCAUCAGAGAGACAUUAGAGGCUCUGCAGCACCUUCACACCUGCAGAGUGGCACAUCUGGAUCUGAAGCCCGAGAACAUCAUUGUGGACCUCCACUCUCCGACCCCGGGCAUUAAGCUCAUUGACCUCGGCGACGCUGUGCAGCUGUCCGCCCAUCGCCGCUACGUCCACCUCCUGCUCGGAAACCCAGAGUUCGCUGCACCCGAGCUUAUCUGUGGGACGCCGGUGUCCAUCGCGACAGACGUGUGGAGCGUGGGCGUGCUGGCUUACGUCAUGCUCAGCGGCGUUUCCCCGUUUCUGGACGAAUCUCCGGAAGAAACCUGCGUCAACAUCUGCCGCCUGGACUUCUGCUUCCCGGACGACUACUUCCGCGACGUGAGUCAGGCGGCAAGGGAUUUUGUGUCCUCGGUGCUGCAGCAGGAUCCCAGGAAGAGGCCGAGCGCUACUUCCUGUCUGCAGCACCCGUGGGUGGGCCGCGGGGGUGCACAUGGCGGGGAAUACUCCAAGACGCCCCUGGACACGACGCGUUUAGCCACAUUCAUUGACCGAAGAAGACAGCUGCACGAUGUCCGGCCCAUCACUAAUAUCAAAGGGCUGGUGAGCAGCAGCAUGGGCAAUACACUGUGACGGAGACAAGCUCAGUUACCGCCACAAUAACAUGACAAUAUAUUUUAAGCAUUUAAUUAACUUUAGUAUUUAUUAAUGUAUGAGUGAGAACGUGUUUUGGUGCCUGAGUCCUUCCUUUGGUGCGAGAUUUAAUCUUCUUCCCAGGCCACUCUGUCACCACUAGACCAAACUUAUAAGCAGAAGUGCUAAUGAAAUAUAUGGCUUUACGAUAUUUAAUAACCGACUAACACUUCAGCUGAUCUGUAUUCACCUGGUAUCAACUUUACAUAUGAAGCGGGUCCCAUUAACUGCCUAGAACAGCCCAUAAAAACCCAAAGAAAUUACCUCAAAGGUGAUAAAAUGAGCAUUUAGAAAACACUGUGAGCAGGCGUCAUAACAACAUGUUAGAUUAUAUUUGUAAUGUUUAUUUUUCCAGGGACAGAUGAUAGUAUAUUGAAGGCAGGUAAUGUUAGGAGCUUAUCUUGUCUCUUUCACUUUGUUCUGCAGAUUUGUUGCUGCUCUGCUUACAUGCUCUGCUAACAGAAAAUGAACAUAUUCAAAAUAUUUUGUGAGUUUCUGACAGUGAUAUUUUUGCCUGACCUGUGAUAUCAGAGAGUUGGUCAGCAGCAGAAAUGGUAAUGCACUGUGACAAAACUGCUAACGAUGGCUUUAAUUUGAAUUGGUAUCAUGAGAGACUCUCAUGGAGGAUUAAAGAGUCUUAAUCUCUGACUGAUUAAAGCUACAGAGGAAACAUACAGAACACAUUUUAAUGCUGGUUUAGUUGCUGUUCUUAUCCUGGGUCAGUGACUAUGUUUACAUGCACAAAAUAAGGUAAAUAAAAAUCAAUAUCCACUAACAUCCCUGUUUUCAUGCAGCCACAUUUUCCACAGGUAGUUAACUUACGCCCUCCCUCUUUCAUGCCUUUGACCACAUUCUUGCAAAACUCAGUGUUGCAAUAUUUGUGCAUAUCCAAAAACCAGUUGUUAUCCAAGCCUUUUAUAAUGUUUAAAAGAAGCGUGUUUCUCCUUCCCACAUAAAAUAUGAGGUUUUCUUUUGGGCAUGCAUCUCUCCAAAACCUUGAAAACUGUUGGCUAGUUGGUUUGUAUACAACAAACAUGGCAACACACAGAGAUGACAGUAAACAAACAACAAGCUGUGUCGCGAAUUGCAGUAAAAACCUAAACUGAGAUGCAUAUUGUGAACUGUACACAUGUCGGCAGGUUUGCAUUUCAAUCGGAAAAAUCUGACAUUCGGAAUAAGACCUAAUUGUGAAGAUCCUGUUUACAUGAUCCAUAUCAAAUUUAGGAUAUUGACAUAUUCUGAAUAAGGUCAUAUACCUAUGCAUGUAAACAUAGUCAAUGUCUUGAUAAAGAACAGUUUUACAGGAUAAUUAGAUUUUGUGGACUGAUCCUGGGACUGUCACUGCAUAUUAAAACAUCUGCCUCACAGUAACAAAGGAAGCUGUUAAAUUGUGAUAAGAGAUUUCAGCAGAGCUAUGAGGAGUGGGUGGAACAGGCAGACAUGUCUCUCAGUAGCGGGGAUGUUCUGCUAAAUGUGUUGCCGAGGAGAAGGAAAAAAGCUCCACACUAACUGAAAACAUUUUAAGACCUUCUUGUCCAAAUCACUGGUGCAAAAAUCCUCUCCAUGUAAUCCAUUAAAAGAAGAAAAAGCUGUCUAAUAAACGAUAGAAAGCCUGAGUAUUUUAAAAGGAUUUCCUGCACAUUAACAUCUGUAGCUGCGAUUUAAAUCCACCAUCAUGGAAGCUUCUUGGACUGGAUGUAACGGCACUGAACCCUUGCUGUGAUAUACCUUUAAUUUAUUGAAUGUUAAUUUAUUUCAGGACUGAGUUUGAGAGUGAAACCAUCAGUCUGAUGUUAUGUGACUUAAUCAAAGCGGACUGCAGUCACCAAACAGCUGCUGGACUGAGCAGCGGCCGAGUUUACGUUGUGAAUAGUGUCGUAGUGAGCUGCUGGAGUUCACAUCAAACCACUGACUGAUCCAGACUGAACUGGACUACUAUGAACUGGGUUUAAAUGGGCAGUUGUAGCUGGUAGCAUCACGACAAGGAAGGUGGGGGGGAAAACCCUCGUAGAGCAAGAAGAGGACAACUGGACCUAACACAGGAACACAAAAGGCAUCAUGGAGACUGAAAGCCUUUCUAGAGGACACAUAUAAUUUGUUCGUAUCACUGUUUACAAAUUCUUUGUCGAAAAAAUGCUUAGGUAGUUUACAAAAAAAGUAGAAUAAUCAGGGAAAACCUGCAUGUAAAUUCACCAGGGAUGGUUUAGAAAUCAGGUUAGAAGUGUGUGACAUUUGGUGUUGAGGUGGGAACUGAACUCCACCCUGAAAUGUUUGUACAUUUGUCCACCAGCCACUGUGGCGAGUAACCACCCAUCCGUAGUGUUUGGGUCCCAUUUCAUCUGUCU